GUGAAAUGUACUGGAAAGUUUUAAAUAGCAUUCAACUUUCAAAUAAUACCUAUUCUAUUAAUUUCAAUAGUUACGUUUUGAUGUUGUGAACGUUCCUUAUAUUUAUAGUUUUGAGAUAAACGAUAUCGUAAUUAAAAAACAUUGUAAUUAUAACUAUCAGUUUUCAACUUUAAGGUUAUUUUCCUACAAAUACAACAAUCAAGAUCAUAUGUAUUGAUAAAAUCCAAACAUUGUCCACGGCAUGUUUUAUAUGUGUAUAGAAAAUGUCGAUUACUUCAAAGGCCAACAAAGAAAACUUUCGCCUCUUGGAUUUAUCCAGUGACGAAGAAUCAGAAGAUUUGCAAUUAGAGAUAAUUCCGAAUAGAAAGAAGAAAAUAUCAAGAAAAGAGCGAAACAGAGGCAUCCAACCUCGAGCAGAGCCAAAUAUAGGACAGGAGGUACAAUGUGCGCUAUGCUGGGCCGUGCGAGGUACUCUCGUGUUGUGGCUGCUAAUGCUGACGUGGAUCUGCGCUGCGCUGUACGACCAGGUCACUACCAUGAGAGUUGACAUUGCUAAAGUAACAACCACAAGCGGCGGAGUCGGGGACGCCCUACAAGUAUGUCACACAGCAGCGAAAGAACUAAAAGCGAACGCGAGCGAGCUAAGUGCGAGGAUACUCAAACUGGAGUUGCAGCACGAAGAGCUCUCGCAGCGAAUGAAGAAUGCCCAAGAGGAGUUGGCCCUCGUGUCCGGACAGUUGUCCGCGGCGCCAAAGUUAGCUGAUACUCCGAGACGGAUCGCAGAGUUGCAACGGACGGUUGCUGACUUUGGUUCACAGAUAAAAGGCUUCGACAGUGCGAUAGAGUCAGCGCACAAGCAAGCACUAACCGCUACAUCCAGUGUAGAGGAGCUCAGGAACUACGUAGUGCACUUAGAAGAGAGAACCAACGACACUAUCGCGAACGUGUCGACCAAUUGGAAGAAGGGGGAGGAGCUUAAAGUUCAGCUAGUGGCCUUGAAUACAACGUUAGGGAGUAGGAUGGAUGGAUUCCAGGCGAUUCUCGAUGGAAUGAAGAAACCAGUAGAAAAAGCGGCAGUAAGUGAAACGCCGGUAGCAACGAAUGCACCCACUGCUGCCCCCAUCAGUACCACUACCUUACCACCAGGUCCAGCAAAGCCAAGCGUGCUCACAAUGGCCACAAGUUAAAACAACGAUUGCUCAGAAUUUUCUCAAGGCAACAUUUCGUCCACGCGACAAAUAUGAUGUAGUUACGGGGUAGGGUUGGCGUAACUAGAGGGAGGGGUGAUAAAUGGGUAAAAAUGUACUAAAAAUCUGAAAAGUCAUAGUAAAAUCGUAAAAAUUGUUGAAAAGAAUUGUAAAAAAGCUGUUAAAUCGAAUUGAACGUGGCUGAUUCGAGGUUAAAAUACUUGAGUAUCGAAAGUUGAGCUCUUAGAUUUUUUGAAAUGAAAAAAAAAAUGGAAAUAUCAAAAAAGGCGAUUCUAUGAAUAUAAGCUUUUUAAACAAUAAAAAUUGCUGUUUUUGCACUAAGAACUGAUAUUUUUUUCUUUUAACCUAGUUACGCCAACAUGUAGUGAACGAUCCCUCCAAUUUAGAUGAGUUAAGAGUUGCCGUACACAAAAAUUCAAUUGUUUAUUUUUUCUCAUAUUUUUUAUCAGCUGCUGGUAUACAUGGCUGUGUAUUUUAUGGAGGCCAUAUUGAAUAUUUUAUAUAAUAAUCUUAAAGUUUUAAUCUGUAUACGUCUGUUUUAUGAAAAAAAAUGAAUACAUAACAUUUUUUUUCACACGACAGUCGUAUACAAAUUACUUCGUAGAUUGGGAAUAUGGGAUUUUAAUCAUACUAAGUUUAUUUUAGUCGAAUAAAGUAAAAUAUUUUAUUGCAAAAUUGGGAAUUGGGAAGUAUUUAUAAACUGAAAAUUUUAUUAAUUCAAAAUAAAUACCUUGAAAAAUAUUAACGAUAUUCAAUAUGGCCUUCGCAAGUACGUAUUUAAUGGAAACUAGUCUAAUUUAAGUUUAUAACUUGUAUUUAUAUUUUAAUAUUAAAAUUAUUUAAACUAAGUUACACACGUUUAAAUAUUCUUUAUUUUGAAUAGAGUUUAUUUCAGCAUUUCUCUUUUAAUAUUUUUAGAAUGAAAGGAUUGUAAUAGAGAUAAUAAAUAAGGAAUAAAGAUGUGUCAAGUAAUUUUUACAGAGAUGCCAACGAAUUCGAUCUCAAAC